CUUUGUCCCCACAGGGUCAGGGACCGCCCGCCCCACUCCAAGCUCAGCCCCCAGAUCGGAGAACUUCGGACACCGACUCCGCGGAAGCCCAAAAGCUACGCACAGAACAGCGUCCAGAAGAGACGAAAAGAGGAAACACCGCGAAUCCCAACCACAAGCUCUUGUUUUCCUGGCGCAGGUCGGCUCUGCGUCCCGGCUGCUAGCUCUGGACGCCGCUUCCGCAACAAGGGGCGCCUGAGGGGUUCGGCAGGGGCGGGCGGCACGGCGAGCGGGGUCAUGAACGGCUUCCCGCCGGAGGAGAUGAGCCGCGGCGGGGACGCGGCCGCCGCUGUAGCCGCCGUGGUCGCCGCCGCUGCUGCCGCAGCUGCCGCCUCCACCUCAGCCGGGAACGGGAGCGGCGCGGGCUCCGGGGCCGAGGUGCCCGGCGCCGGCGCGGUGCCGGCAUCGGGGCCCCCGGGGGCGGCUGGGCCGGGCCCGGGACAGCUGUGCUGUCUGCGAGAGGACGGUGAGCGCUGCGGCCGUGCAGCGGGCAACGCCAGCUUCAGCAAGAGGAUCCAGAAGAGCAUCUCCCAGAAGAAGGUGAAGAUCGAACUGGACAAGAGUGCAAGGCAUCUUUACAUAUGUGAUUAUCAUAAAAACUUAAUUCAGAGUGUUCGAAACAGAAGAAAGAGAAAAGGAAGUGAUGAUGACGGAGGUGAUUCGCCUAUUCAAGAUAUUGAUACUCCAGAGGUUGAUUUAUACCAAUUACAAGUAAAUACACUUAGGAGGUACAAAAGACACUUCAAGCUACCAACCAGACCAGGACUUAAUAAAGCACAACUUGUUGAGAUAGUUGGUUGCCACUUUAGGUCUAUUCCAGUGAAUGAAAAAGACACCUUAACGUAUUUCAUCUACUCAGUGAAGAGUGACAAGAACAAGUCAGAUCUCAAAGUUGAUAGUGGCGUUCACUAGGAGGGCUGGAGCGGAGACUCAGAUUUGGAUGUUAACCCUGUUACUGUUUUUCACAUGUAGAAAUGUUCCUUGUGUAUUUUUUCUACAGAGGGUUUUCUCUGGUUUUAUUUUCUUUGUUUCUGAUUAGUUGGAAGCUCAUAGAAAAUGAGCUUUCCCAGAUUAAAAACUAUUUUAAAUAAAGGGUUAUUACUAUUA